AUGCGGCACUAUGAGCUUCUGGGUCUGUUGACAGUCACAUGCUUCGACUUCUGCAAGCCGCCCAAUCUGAUGGUAACUGGGGGCGCAGACCCUUCUGCGAGGCCGUCGGACUAAUAUGUGACUAGUCGUCCAGUGGCCGACCUGCAUGGCCACAGCACCACAGUGCUGUACCUAGCCACCUACGGACAGCUGGGCCAGAUCUUCAGCUAGUCCAAGGACGCUGUGCUGAAACUCUGGGAUAUCCAGUUGCAGAGCUGCUUCAGGACCCUGUCACUGAAGUUCCCCUGUGUGGGGCUCUUUGCUUCCUUGGACCUGCUGCCUAACCUUAACCCUAACCCUAACCAGGAGCACCUGAGCUCUAAGGGGGUGUGUCUCCUCACCCAUGGUGCCCCCAUCUCCUGUGCCCUUUACAACCCUUUCCUGAAGCAGAAUAUGCUAAACGGCCAUAAAAUCCACAAGCUUGAAGCCACGGAUGAAGCUGAGGUCACGGCUGUUGUGUGUCUCCAGAGCAACAAGCAGUUGCUCUGGCAGGUACCUUCCCAUGUGAACAAGCUGCUGUUCCCGCAGCGGCAGGCACUCAGCCAACGCUGGCAGAGCCGGGCGGUCCUUGUCAGUUCAGACGGAGGCCAUCUUCGUUUGUGGAGCUUCGUCGGGCCGGGACGCAAACACAGUAAUCUGUGGUGGCAGGCCGAGCUGUGA